CACCACGGCCACCGGUGCUGCGGCCGUCGAACAGUAGGACUCCGGUUGUUGUCGUCGACGUGCACGCACGCAGCAUUAUCACGUCGCCCCGGUGUUGGCCGCGCGCAACGCAAACCCUCACGUGACGCUCGCCCGAUCCGAAUCGUAUCCGUUUUCACGUUACCACUUCCGAUCACCGCCGACAACCGCGACGAUUACGGGAACGCGUUCCAGCAGCCACGUUUAGGCGUUCGCGUUCGCGCGAAUCGAACACCGAUAACAGACACGUCGACCGCUGUUCGGUACCCCGUCGAGACCGUGCCGUGCGAUCGGUUAGCCCGCGCGACACGUCCUCGAAGACACCGCGGCACAGCGGACGCGCGUCGCACGUCACCCGCGUCCACCCGCAUCCCGCCCGUCGGCCAUAUGGAGACGGACAGCAACAGCGACAACGAAAUGGCGCCGGCCGCCGCGCAGAUGCCGCCGUACAGCCGAGCCAACAUCGAGCUGCUCAUCAGACGUCACCAGGCGGCCGUCACGGCUCUCGGUCUGGCGUUCAACGGGCCGCAGCACCGGCCGGUGACGAACGCGGCCACGUCCGUUCCGGCGCCCAAGCACCACACCAUCGACGCCAUACUCGGCCUGAAGCGCGGCCAAGACCACAAGGACCAAGAGUCCGGAGGCGAAAACAGUUGCAAUUCGAGCGACACCGAGCAAACGCGCCAUCAGCACGUACCGUCGGAUCAGCAAAUUCGCGGUGGCAACGUCAGCGGUUGCGACGGCGGCGGCGGCGGCGGCGGCGGCGGAGGACUGCAACAGCGACGGUCCGGCGACAUGGACGAUUGCAGUGGCGGCGGUUGCGGCGACAGCAGCGACGGGGAACCGGACGACGAGCACAUGUCUGGUGGCCGGGCGAGCGCGUCACCCGCGGCCGCGACCGGUGGCAUGUCGCCGCCCGACAAGAAGAAGCACCGCCGGAACCGCACCACGUUCACCACCUAUCAGCUGCACGAGUUGGAGCGAGCGUUCGAGAAAUCACAUUACCCGGACGUGUACAGCCGCGAGGAGCUGGCCAUGAAGGUCAAUUUGCCGGAAGUCAGGGUCCAGGUGUGGUUCCAGAACCGGAGGGCCAAGUGGCGCAGACAAGAGAAGAUGGAGGCGGCACGACUUGGCCUGAACGACUACGUGCACUCGACGAUGACGGGCUCGUUGAGCCGAAUGCCCGGCUCGAGCCUGGCGCUGCCGGUUGACCCGUGGCUGUCGCCACCGUUGCUGUCCGCGCUGCCCGGUUUCCUGUCGCACCCGCAGACUGGUUACCCGAGCUACCUGACGCCGCCCGUCGUGCACAGCCCGUCGUCCAUGAAGUCACCGCCAUCGCCGCAGCAGGCGGCCAUCACGCCACCAUCGUCGUCCUCGCUGUCCACGUCGUCGUCGUCCACCGCUUCCGCUGCCGACCCCAGGACCUCGUCCAUAGCGGUGCUCAGACUCAAGGCCAAGGAGCACGUCGAGUCCAUCUCCAAAGGCAUGCAAAUGGUCUAAGCCGGGCCCCCGCCGCAGCACCCAAUCGCGUUGACGCGCGGUCACACGUGUAAAUGUUGCGGUCAAAGUCCGACCGCCGCCGGUCGAUCCUCGGUCGGAUCGACGAUCGACGUACGCAAUCGAGAACCGUCAAAAAUCCGAAAUCUACUAUCACUUUCGGGCUUCAACCGAACGUGUGCCAGGAUGUACCUACGCAUUUCAUUGGUAAAAGCUGGACAAAUAUUAGAGCUAAAAAUCGUUGUAACCUAUCAACAAUCGUUUAAACGGCAUCAUGCCGAAUAACAAUUUCCGCACGCAAAUUUAUAGAUAUAGUUUUUCAAAAACCAGUUUAUCGUUUUGGGCGUAUUCGGUUUUUACCGAAUAAAUGUGUAGCCUAUUGUCAAUGGCGUUGGUACAAUAUAAACUGUUUUGGGAAAUGUAAAUUAGUUAUAAGUACACAUAAUCUUUCGACAUUGUAACAAUACCAUAUUAUACUUUUGUUUUAAAGUUCCUUCGACGCUAUCCGGGUUCUCGAAUAUUACGAUCAUUUGAUAUCGUACGGGGGGAAAAAAAAAACUGAUUAAAAUCGUUUCAAAUAUUGUAUUGCUUUCGACAUAGUUUGUAUAAUAUAAUAUUUUAAUGUUUUUUUUCCGUAAACGGGUGUACAAAAAAAAAAAAAUCGGUCUUGAGGCCCCUCUACGAUACUAAUCAGGGGUGAAAAUCCAUUUGGGCUCGACCGGGAAUUUCCAGGGUCUGCACACCUUUGGACGUCAGACGACAUAAACUAUAUCGUUCUGGUACGUAUACGUACGCAGUUUUAGGGUCAAAAUAAAAGAGUCUUAAGAAUAAAAACGUUUCGUUACUCGAUCGCGACGAUCGUGAAAUGCAUAUUAUACCUACUUCAUUUGAACAUCGUUUUAACCGGCCAUCGAACUCCUCCCCCCCUCCGGUGAUAUAUUUAUCAUUAAUCCAAAGGUCAGCCAACCAUAUAUUACACCAUAAAGUUCCUUGUAGUUAUAUAUCUGUCUGUUUAGCGUACGUGUGCACGUGCAGUCCUUCAACACUCAUUCCAUUGUAAUUUAUUUUGUUACCAAAAAUUUUUCCGUCGUAGUUGUCGUCUCCGAAACCCCCGUGGCGGCUAUCCUUUACUCACACCCGACAAUACAUUUAUUAAUAACAUAUAUUAUUUGUCAAUUGCCGAAUAUAUUCAAAAUUUCGUUUGCGUUACGCUAUAGUCAAUUAUUCAUGAUCAAUCUAUUCCAUUUAUUGUUUAAGUAUUGUUAUUGCUCCCCGAUGGAAAAUUAAAAUAAUUGAAAUUGAAAUUUAUUCAACGUUAUUGCACAACCGUUUUGCGUGAGAUCCGCCACUGCGCACACCCCUUUCGUGUUGUCGCCGCGUUCUCGUCGCUUAAGACGUAACUCCUCACGUGCCCGAAUGUGAUUUUCGUACUGACCCUUAGGAGAGUGUAAAAUUAUUAUUACUAUUAUUAUUGUUUUCCAUUAUGAUGUAAUUAUGUGUAUAUUAAUAUUAUUGUCAUAUUUUGUUAAACUGUUCCUGCAAAGAAGUGGGAAAAAAGUGUAUAUUUAAUCAAUUGUAAUAACUAUUUAAUACGUCACUAUAAUAUUAAAAUAUUAUCAUAAUAUUAUUGUAUACGCUAAAAAUCUGUACGCAUUUCGAAUCCUCUCAUGUAUAAA